UCUUGUUUCAUUUAUUUAGAAUAUCAUAAUUUUCUGGCAUAGGUGGUUUCUCUCUUUUCUAUCUGUUAAAUAUCUGUUUUUCUAACGCACCCUGUACUUACACGCAUGCGCAUUUAAAGAGGAAGCUCAACAUUGGACAUUGCUUCAUCAACAGUUGCCCUAUUUAGUUUAGGUAGUUGCAUAGUACAGCACAAUCUAAAUUUCGGAAGAAAUCACUCGUUACUCUAAGGAUUUGAAAUACAGUAACGUAGGAUUUUUGUUGUACAUGCAGAAUCUACAAAGGCUCUGAAACAAGGUGCAGUGAUGAGCUUUUUUAGUUUUGGUCAAAGUGCACAAAUCGAUAUAGUUUUGAAUGACGCUGAGACAAGAAAGAAAGCCGAACAUAAGACCGAAGAUGGGAAAGUGGACCAAUAUUUUCUGUUUUAUGAUGGCGAUACAGUAUCUGGAAAAGUCAACAUAACACUGAAGAAUCCAGCGAAAAGACUCGAGCAUCAAGGCAUCAGAAUCGAGUUUAUUGGUAAAAUUGAGCUGUACUACGACAGGGGAAACAACUAUGAGUUUGUGUCUCUGGUUAAAGACUUGGCCCAACCGGGAGAGCUAACGCAGUCCCGGACCUUCGACUUUGAGUUCACAAAUGUGGAGAAACCAUACGAGGCCUACACGGGCCAGAAUGUCAAAUUACGCUACUUUCUGCGGGUAACUGUAAGCCGGAGACUGAACGACAUCAGUAAAGAAAUGGACAUUGUUGUGCACACGCUCAGUAUGUACCCAGAACUCAACUCGUCUAUCAAGAUGGAAGUGGGAAUCGAAGACUGCCUGCACAUCGAGUUUGAGUACAACAAGUCUAAGUACCACCUAAAAGAUGUCAUCGUGGGGAAGAUUUACUUCCUGUUGGUACGGAUCAAGAUCAGACACAUGGAGAUUAAUAUCAUCAAGCGAGAGAUGACUGGCACGGGCACAAACGUGUACCAUGAGAACGACACCAUAGCCAAGUACGAGAUUAUGGAUGGAGCACCAGUGAGAGGGGAGUCUAUCCCUAUUCGACUUUUUCUGGCUGGCUAUGAGAUCACUCCUACGAUGAGGGGCAUCAACAAGAAGUACUCUGUGCGGUACUACCUCAAUCUGGUGCUCAUAGACGAGGAGGAGAGGCGUUACUUCAAACAGCAGGAGAUCACUCUGUGGAGGAGGGGGGACGUAGUGAGGAAGAGCAUGUCCCACCAAGCGGCCAUCGCCUCACAGCGCUUCGAGUCCUCGUCCAGUGACGAGAAAGCCCUAGCUCAUGCCCAGGCUAAGGAACAGUAGCUAAGCCCCAGCAUAGCCUACAAUCCAUCGCUUCGAAAAGGUGUGUGUGUGAGCACUAUGUGGGGAACAUGUCUGUGAAUCUACGACUGAGAAAGAAUGCAUGUGUGUUCACCUCAUCUAUGAAUGUGUGCGUCGUCACGUCAGGACCUCGUCAGGUCAUAUCUAUGACAGAGCAUGUGUGAUGUACAAAAUUAUGUGAACGGCAGCCAUUUUAGGCAUAUAUUUAUAACCUCUCCCCUUUCAACGUUGCCAUUUCAUCAACAACACUGAUGAUGUCACUUUCUCCAACAACUGCAGCUGAAAAGGGAUGAAAGAUGUCACUUAAUAAUUCAAUGUUUGAAGAAAUAAGGCGUUCUGAUGGUAUAUUUUAUGAACUUUUAGCCAGGUUUUUCUGCUGUACUGAUUAUCGUAAUGUCUUUUUUCUGUCCUUUGAAUUAGUGAUGUUUCUUAAGUCAAACCAAGGGUAUAAACAGCUGCUGUUGAGAAACCUUUUAGGCAUCUCGUAAUGAGUACUUGUCUUUGGCAGUUGGACUCAAUGGACAUGGGCGUCAUCCAAUCAAGAUGAUCAGAUCACUACCUGAUCAAGGUUUGUGGUGUACACACAUGGUAUUAAAAUUGGUCUCUUAUCCGUCCACUGUAUGCGUCCAGUGUCCGCAUGUUAGCGCAAGGUAUAAACGUGGCUUUAAAAUCAGAAUGCGAAAUGUCAUGCAACUUUAGAUGCACACCAGCUUAGGGAAAAUGACAUUUGAAUUGUCAAACAAAUUCUUUGUAUAAAACAUUGCAUUCCAUUUGAAUUCCAUUCAUCAAAAAUAACAUUACAUUGCAAACUGUGUCAUUAUCAGUAGAUGCAAACAUGUACAUUUUUUUAAUGUAUUUGAUAUUUUAUCAGCAUUAUACAUGUUCUGGGUUUGUCUAGGUGAGUUAUGUCCAUUAACAUUGGGCGAGUUAGUUUUGCAUGGCCCAGUGUGGUACACUAAUGGUUUCUCGGAACUGAUGGCUUCUACGGUUGCGUUAGGAUAGUUAAAGUAGUAGGUUAGGAUAAUUAACAUCACAGGUUAGGAUAAUUCAUGUAACAGGUUAGCGGCAGGUAGCCUAGAGGCUAAGAAUGUUGGCACUGUACCUGAAAGGUCGGUGGUUUGAAUCCCCGAGCGAUUAGGUGAAACAUCUGCCGACGUGCACUUGAGCAAGGCACUUAACUCGAAUUGCUCCUGUAAGUCGCUCUGGAUAAGAGCGUCUGCUAAAUUACUGAAAUGUGAAAUGUUAGGACAAUUAGGUUAAGGUUAGGAAAAGGGUUAGGCUGAGCAAAAAUGCGCUACUCCAUCUAACCAUAGAAACCAUCAGUAUCACCACACCGGUUCCCCUGGUAGGCAGAGUUUUCUCAUUUUAGACCAUUCCAUUGGUCCUGAUGAAAUCACUACCCACCCAAAACAAACUCCCCCACUGCUACUGCUGUUAAUACAAGUGUGGCAGAUUUUGGUGUAACCUUUCCAACUUAUGAACUGAAUAUUUCAAUUUAAUACCUUUCUUUUUUAUUUGCACAAGAUCCACAGUUUUCUGUCUGUAAUUGGUUUGAAAAGUACCUAGAAAACAUUACCAGCACUGGUUAACUUUUUUCCUUAUGGUUAAUUGCCAAAUGGUUCUAGUUCAAUUCUAGAAACCUCACAGCUUAUUUUUCCUGUCAUCUCCAACCAUUUUACACCAUGUACAUGACUUCCGGUGUGAAUGCGCUGAAGUCCUCAUAACGUGUGCCGCCACUGUAAUAUUGCCUGGAAAUAAUAUGAAGAAACAAAGAAUGUGUUAGUCUUUUGGAA